CAGUGGUUCUCAAACUGGGGUACUGCGAACUGAAUUCUGAGUUUUGGCAUUCAUUUAAUUCUACUUCAACUUACAUGUGCAUUAAAACCGAACAUGUAUUCCUGACAAAAGCAAAAUACCGCUUCUAAUGUAAAAACUGUUAAAUGGGAGUGAAUAAACAGUCAGAUACAUGAUAUCCAAUCCGCUCACCUCAUCUUUUGUGGUCAAAACUGCCUGCAUCCACACAAGCAGCGUGCAUAUGAUGUAAAUCCUGCUACUGUUCAAUGCAUCGUUAACGUAGAUCUACACUUAACAGCAUGAAGAGCAAAUAUUGAUACGGACUGAGAUCCAUGUAAACUCUCUUAGACUCAAUGCGUGUUAUUGUUUGCAUGUUUAUUGAGAUACAAGCAAGCAUGCAAAUUUCCCUGAACAUCCAAACGAUGGCAGAUGUGCCAUUCAUUUUUACAUCACUUCAGAAUAUUGUCAUGUUUGUUCUAUUUUACAAUAAAAUAAUACUGUAGUUCCAACGAAUUUGAAAGUGCAACUCCAAGUAACAUACAGCGGUGCUUCAACAGUGAACAAAUCUUGUGGAGAGUCAGUGAUUAAUUAACAUUACAGCAGCAUUUUGCUUCGUUACUAGUUCCUCAUAGUCUUGAGGUUCACUUAGAAAGCUCUUCUGGAGUUCAGAGAGGUCUGGCUCUGUCCUUCUCUUCCUCUUUCCCUCUGAGGGACAUCUAGAGACCGGCGUGACUCUGACAGGUGUAGACUGGAUGUUUGCUGAUGCUGCUGGUCGAUGCCAGGGGCUCGGCUCUACAGGAAGUAGGGUCAAGUGAGGUCUAGACCUCUGUUCCUGUAGAUCUGCGUCAUCAAACCAGCCAAAUGGCCGACAAGAACACCAGAAUCGCUAUCGUGAACCACGACAAGUGCAAGCCCAAGAAAUGUCGUCAGGAGUGCAAGAAGAGCUGUCCGGUGGUGCGCAUGGGUAAGCUGUGCAUCGAGGUCACGCCUCAGAGUAAAAUCGUCUGGAUCUCAGAGUCUCUCUGCAUCGGAUGUGGAAUCUGCAUCAAGAAAUGCCCAUUUGGAGCUCUGUCGAUCGUGAACCUGCCAAGCAACCUGGAGAAGGAAACCACACACAGAUACUGUGCCAACUCCUUCAAGCUCCACAGGUUGCCCAUCCCUCGUCCAGGUGAAGUGCUGGGGCUGGUAGGUACCAACGGCAUCGGGAAAUCCACGGCCCUCAAAAUCCUGGCGGGAAAACAGAAACCAAACCUGGGGAGGUUCGAUGCUCCUCCUGACUGGCAGGAGAUCCUCGCAUAUUUCCGUGGCUCCGAGCUGCAGAACUAUUUCACCAAGAUCCUGGAGGACGACCUGAAGGCCAUCGUUAAGCCGCAGUAUGUCGAUCAGAUCCCCAAAACCGUUAAGGGCUCAGUAGGCUCCAUCCUGAGCAGGAAGGACGACACCAAGACAGAAGAACUGGUGUGUGAACAGCUGGAUCUGUUGCACUUGCGUGAGCGUAAUGUUGAGGAUCUGUCGGGAGGAGAGCUGCAGAGAUUCGCCUGCGCAGUCGUCUGCAUUCAGAGAGCUGAUAUCUUCAUGUUCGACGAGCCGUCCAGUUACCUGGAUGUGAAACAGAGGCUGAGAGCUGCCAUCACCAUCCGCUCCCUCAUCUCUCCAGACAGGUACAUCAUAGUGGUGGAGCACGACUUGAGUGUGUUGGAUUACCUGUCAGACUUCAUCUGCUGUCUGUACGGCGUUCCCAGCGCGUACGGUGUGGUGACCAUGCCCUUCAGCGUCCGGGAAGGAAUCAAUAUUUUCCUGGACGGCUACGUGCCGACGGAGAACCUGCGCUUCAGGGAGACGUCUCUGGUGUUUAAAGUGGCAGAGACGGCCGCCGAGGAGGAAGUGAAGAAGAUGUGCCGCUAUCAGUACCCCAACAUGAAGAAGAGCAUGGGCGAGUUCACGCUGGGCAUCACAGAAGGAGAGUUCACCGACUCGGAGAUCAUGGUCAUGCUGGGAGAGAACGGAACUGGGAAAACCACGUUCAUCAGGAUGCUUGCAGGAGGCCUCAAACCAGACGGAGGAGGUGAGGUGCCCAUCCUGAACGUGAGCUACAAGCCACAGAAGAUCAGCCCCAAGUUCAAAGGCAGUGUUCGAGCCCUGCUGCACGAGAAGAUCAGAGACGCGUACACACACCCUCAGUUCGUCACGGACGUAAUGAAGCCCAUGCAGAUCGAAAGCAUCAUCGACCAGGACGUCCAGAAUCUGUCUGGUGGUGAGCUGCAGCGUGUGGCUCUGGCUCUGUGUUUAGGAAAGCCUGCGGACGUGUAUCUGAUCGACGAGCCGUCAGCGUAUCUGGACUCCGAGCAGCGUCUGAUGGCUGCCAGGGUCAUCAAACGAUUCAUCCUUCACGCCAAGAAGACAGCGUUUGUGGUGGAGCACGACUUCAUCAUGGCCACUUAUCUGGCGGACCGAGUCAUCGUCUUCGACGGGAUUCCAUCCAGAAACACUAACGCCAAUGCUCCACAGAACCUGCUGGCUGGCAUGAAUAAGUUUUUAGCGCAGCUGGAGAUCACGUUCAGAAGAGACCCAAACAACUUCAGACCAAGAAUUAACAAACUCAAUUCCAUUAAGGAUGUGGAACAAAAGAAGAGUGGAAACUACUUCUUCCUGGAUGACUGAAGAUUCCAUUUCACAGAAUUCCAGAAGUUUAGCUGCUCAGUAUGACAUCAGACCAGCAAGCACUGCACUGUGAGACUUACACGUUUGACUGAAUUACCAUCAGAACUUCAAACAUACGACUCUGCUCUUCUCCUCAAUGGUGCGAUCCAACAAAGAGACUAGAUAUAUCCUCUGACAUAAAGCCAAACUUGUGAGGAGAGGACAUUAUUUGAAAAUAAAACCUGGAGAGAGAUGUAUGUGUCCGGAUUAAUUAUCGUUAUCGUUAACAACUGCAGUUCUUUCUCGUCACAAAGUGUUGCGAACCAAUUUACACACGCCAAACAUGCAACUGUAUAUUUUGAAUAAAAUAUUUUAAUCAUGUUAAACGAUGUCUUACAUUACAUUAAAUAAUCUCAUUAUUGCA